GUGUGUUUGUUUAAAAAAAACACUCCUCCUUUUCUUCCUCUGUAAUUCGCUGAUGACAUUCCAGCCUGUUCGCACUUUGGGAAUCAUCUGGAAAGCACGUGAAAGCUCAGUUUUGAAUCAUGCCAAACUGGGGUGGAGGAAACAAAUGUGGCGCCUGCGGUGGGACGGUGUACCACGCUGAAGAGGUCCAGUGUGACGGGGGGAGCUUCCACAAGUGCUGCUUCCUCUGCAUGGUCUGUAGAAAAGGGUUAGACAGCACCACAUUGGCCAUCCAUGACCAGGAAAUCUACUGUAAGUCCUGCUACGGUAAAAAGUACGGACCGAAAGGAUACGGCUACGGUCAGGGAGCAGGAACGCUGAACAUGGACCGUGGCGAGAGACUGGGCAUCAAACCAGAAGAAACCCAAACUCACCGAGCCACCACCAACCCAAACCCGUCCAAGUUUGCGCAGAAGUUCAGCGGCUCGGAGAAGUGCGCUCGUUGUGGAGAGUCUGUGUACGCUGCAGAGAAGGUGAUGAGCGCUGGGAAGCCGUGGCACAAGAACUGCUUUCGCUGUGCCAAAUGUGGGAAGAGUCUGGAGUCGACCACUCAGACAGAGAAAGAUGGAGAAAUCUAUUGCAAAGCGUGUUAUGCAAAGAACUUUGGACCAAAAGGAUUUGGAUACGGUCAGGGUGCAGGAGCUCUGCUUCACGCUCAAUGAUAGUUCGGAAAUGUUUCUCUACUUUUAUAACACAAGGUUGUUACUAAUUUCAAAAGAAGAAAAGGAUUAUUUUGCAUAAAGAAAAAGUACCAUUAAGAUAAAGGCUGUUAUAUUUUUAUGAUAACUAAGAACAUCUUUUCAAUUCUCAUUACCAUAAAUGCAAAACAUUGUUUUUAAAUAAUUUAGUACUUAAUAAUAUAGUAUUUUAUAUAAAAUAUAAUUAUAUGUUGAUUUUAAUUAUCAUAUUUUUUUCUGUAAUACAAUAAAGUACUGUGAAUUUGGGAAAAUAUCAAUCCAAAAAGAAAAAAAAAGGA